AUGCAAUGUUAUAAAAGUGAUGAAAUGUUACAUGAAAGUCAAAUUACUGAAGCACCGAAUUAUUUUUGUAAUCAAAAUAAUCUUUCAGUCAAAUUUACAUUAUCUCGUUCAUUUCAUUCUGCAUGGAAUUUAGCAUCAGAAUGUUUUUCACCACAAUGUGAUAUUCCUUCGAAUAGUUACACUUGUCGUUCAUCAUCUACACCUUGCUUUAACUAUCGUACAUUUACUAAUAAAGGCUACUGUGCACCAGGCAUACUAUGUUCGAUUUUGGAACCAUGUAACAACAUUACAUUUACUUGUUCAUCAAAUACGUCGGUAUGUAUCAGUACUUGUUGUUCACCAAAAGCAGUAUGUCUGCCAUUAUUAUGGACUUCUUACUGUUUAUCAGGGUUGUCAAAUACUGGCAAAAUGAUUAAUACACGAUAUGGACAUACAUCAUCUGUAUUACAAAAUGGAAAAGUAUUAGUUACAGGUGGAUAUGGCAUUAAUACUUAUCUAAAUAGUACUGAACUGUAUGAUUCUUCAACAGAAAUAUGGGAAACAACUAAUAGUAUGUAUGAUGCACGACUUUGGCACACAGAAUCAGUGCUAGACAAUGGAAAAGUAUUAGUUACUGGUGGAAAAAUUAAUGAUACUUAUUUGAACAGUGCUGAAUUGUAUAAUCCAUUGACAGGAACAUGGACAAUAACUAACAGUAUGAAGAAUAGCAGAUGUUUGCAUACAGCUUCGGUAUUAUUGGAUGGAAAAGUUUUAGUUAGUGGAGGAACUGAUAAUUAUAUAAGUAGUACUGAAUUGUAUGACCCAUCAAUAGGAAUUUGGACAGAAACUGAUAAUAUGAAUAAUGCACGAGAGUAUCACACAGCAUCUGUAUUAUUAGAUGGAAAAGUAUUAGUUACGGGAGGGAUUUCUAUUUAUUCAAGUAAUCCUCGAUUGUAUAUUGAAGAGAUAGUAAUUGGCAUGAGAACUGUUAGUGAGAAUAAAACACAAAUUAAUAGUAUAUACCGUAGUAUUAUAGAUCUAGAUAGUGCUGAACUAUAUGAUCCAUCAACAAAAACAUGGACUAUAACUGGUAGCAUGAAUGUUGGUCGAUAUGCACACUCAGCAUCCUUGUUAAGAAACGGAAAAGUAUUAAUUGCUGGAGGAAUUCAUAAUGGUACUAUUUUGAAUAGUACUGAAUUGUAUGAUCCGUCUACAAGAACAUGGAAAGUAACUGGUAGUAUGCAUAAUGAACGAUAUGAUCAUCAAGCAUCUGUAAUAACAAAUGGGAAAGUUUUAGUUACUGGUGGAGGAGUCGAUAAAAAUUUAUACAAUGCUGAAUUGUAUGAUCCAUCAACUGGAAUCUGGACACUAGCUGGCAAGAUGAACAAUGGGCGAAUUUUGCAUUCGGCAUCUGUAUUAAAGAAUGGAAAAGUAUUAGUUACUGGUGGUUUUAAUCAUAAUGUAACUCUAAAUACUGCAGAAUUAUAUUAA